AUGAGAAAAAAACCUUUUGAAAUUAAAGUGUAUAAAACAAUCUACAACAAUGCAUUUGGAACAUUACACGACAAGUAAAGCAGUAUAGAUUAUGUUUUCAUAACUCAUAUUAAUUAAUAAAUUAUUGAUUUUUAAAUAAACACCUUAGUUUAAAACAAAAUAUGAAAAAACUGAAUUGUAUAAUUUCAGGUAUAUAAAUAAUCAAUUUAUAAUUCAAGAUACUUCAUUUAUGGAUCCUAGAAAUUAUCAAAAAAUUAAACAGCCUAAAUUCAUAUUUCCUGAAAAAUCUAUGGUCAAAAUUGUAGAAAUAGUUGGAGUUGAUAUUUUGAUAGUGCAAUGUCAACUAGUAGGAUUCGCAAGGAAUUACGAUGCAAUUGUAAAUGCAUGUCUGGUAAGUAAUAGUCAGGGCAAUACAUUUAAAGAAAAAAUAAUUAGUGACGAAGAUACAGAAAACGAAGUACUUAAAUGUGCAGUGGUUGGAACGAAAUGUAAAUUGUGCGUUUGAGUUUGUAUAUUCAUUAGCAACCCAUACAUCUGAUUAUAAUGUGUUAUAUGAGACCUACAAGCUAGUAGUUACUUUAGUAUUCAAUCAAGUAACUUGUGAAAGAAACUUUUCAAUAAUAAAAAAAAUUAAAAAUUUACUAAGAUCAUCGCUAUUUGAUAACAAAUUAGAAGCAUUUAAGUUGAUAACAUUUGAAUGUGAUAUAGAAAUACUAUAUAGAUAUUUUAGAAUGGCUUACGACUUUCUAAAUCGUAAUAUGAUUUCUUUCUAUAAUUAACAUCUUAACGACAAAAGAAGACAGCAACUCUUGGAAAAGCAAGCAAUCUUAUCGAAAGUAUCAUUACUUCUUUGGUAAAUUUAAGAUCAUCUGUGGGCUUUUCUGAAUUUUAGAGUGAGAUAUCAUUGUUUUUAAAUGAACGUUACGAUUAUAGACCAUAAUAUCGAAAAAAAGCUGAAGGAAAACUAGCGAAAAAAAUUAAAGCGAAGUUUACAUUAUUACAAAAUCCAAAAUAGUGAAAAAAUAUUAUUAUAAUGAGUAUAAAAGUAUAAAAAAAAUAUUCACAAAAUCAUAAAAUUACAUUUGUAAGAUUAUGUUAUAAUAGGGAUACCUUUUAAAUAAUUAAUAUUGUCGUUAGUAUUAUAAGAUAAGGAUAGGUUAUGUAUUUUUUCUGAACAAUUUUAAUAUUUUUCUUCUCUAAAAAUAUAACUAUAAUACAAGAGUAAAAGAUUAUUUGAAUUAAAUGUAAUGAAUUCCAUAACUCAAAAAUCAAAUUUAAAAAUAUAAUUCAAAUAGAAUAUUUGAUCAUAACAUAUUGAUCGAAAUUCCAAUUCUAGAUAAAUAUUAAAUAUAUGAUGUAGAUCGCGUGCUUUAAAGUAACAGCAUACAAUUGGUUUAUAACAAUACAUUUUAAGAUACAAAAUUAUGAAGAAUUUAGAGAUAUAUAUUUAAACGAAUACCGGUCGCGUGAAAUUCAAAUGCAAACAUGGAGCCAGUGUUUGAAUGUGCAAAAAAUAACACACAACACAAAUUAUAGAGAACAUUUUGCAUAUUGGGCCAUGAGAUUCCACCAUCUAGAAAUUUUGAAUGUUUCGGAUGAAGAAAUCAUUAGGAAUAUCGCGUGUCAUUACCCGGAAUACAUAAGGGCACUGCUAAUAUCACUAUCGAAGAGAACAAUAUUGGCGGCAAUGAAAAGGGCCCCGAACAAGCAACCAAUUAAGCAAUUUACUAACGCCAAUACCUAA